AUGGCUCUCACCAAGCGACUUAUUCUCAACUCGGCGGCUCUUCUGAGGCGAGUCAAUUCCUUCCGCAAAACUUGAUAAAAUACCAAUCGGUUCAGGAGCUCGACGCUUCCGUUGUCGGUCACUUCGGCACGACAGGCCCAUGCUGCCACCAACACCGUCAUCAACUUCGUGCCGCAACAGGAAGCCUGGGUCGUCGAGAGAAUGGGAAAGUUCUACAAAAUUCUAGAACCGGUUGGACUGAUAGUCAUUGAAAUAAAACAAGGUUUUCUGUUUAUAGGGUCUUAACUUCCUUCUGCCAGUCAUAGACAGAAUCAAAUUUGUGCAAAAUCUUCGAGAAAUCGCCAUUGAAAUCCCGGAGCAAGGAGCGAUUACAGUUGACAAUGUGCAGCUGCGACUCGACGGAGUUCUUUAUCUCCGUGUUUUCGAUCCUUACAAAGUGAUGCUCGGGUAAAAGCAAUAAAAUAAUGCUUACUUUUAAAGGCGUCGUACGGUGUCGACGAUCCGGAAUUCGCAGUGACCCAACUGGCGCAAACGACAAUGCGAAGUGAAGUGGGAAAGAUCAGUUUGGACACAGUGUUCAAGGAGAGAGAGCUGCUCAACGAAAACAUCGUGUUCGCUAUCAACAAGGCGUCGGCGCCAUGGGGAAUCCAGUGCAUGAGAUACGAAAUCAGAGACAUGCAUAUGCCGUCAAAGAUUCAGGAGGCGAUGCAGAUGCAAGUGGAAGCGGAACGCAAGAAAAGAGCGGCGAUUCUGGAGUCGGAAGGUAUCCGAGAGGCCGCCAUCAACACGUGAGAAGCUCACUAAGAACUAAAUCGGGGCGGACUGAAUGAAUGCCUUCCUAUUUUCAGAGCCGAAGGACAAAAAAGAUCAGCUAUUUUGGCAUCAGAAGCCAUUCAGACAGAGAGAGUGAACGUGGCACGCGGAGAAGCAGAAGCUGUCCUUCUGAAGGCGGAAUCUCGGGCUAAGGCGAUUGAAAGAAUCGCGGCGGCGUUGGAGAAAGAGGGCGGAAAGAAUGCGGCAGGCCUGACAGUUGCCGAGCAGUACGUGGAUGCUUUCGGAAAUCUCGCGAAGGAAUCGAACACAGUCGUUCUUCCGGCGAAUCUCAGCGAUCCGGGCAGCAUGGUUGCACAAGCGCUCGCCGUUUACGACUCGUUGAGCAACAAGAAGAAGAUCUGA